UUUUCUCUGAGCAGUUUGUGUCUUUGCUGGAUUAUGCCGGAUCCCGCUAAGUCCGCUCCUGCCCCGAAGAAAGGGUCCAAGAAGGCGGUGACCAAGGCGCAGAAGAAGGACGGCAAGAAGCGCAAGCGCAGCCGCAAGGAGAGCUACUCCGUGUACGUGUACAAGGUGCUGAAGCAGGUCCACCCCGACACCGGCAUCUCGUCCAAGGCCAUGGGCAUCAUGAACUCCUUCGUGAACGACAUCUUCGAGCGCAUCGCGGGGGAGGCGUCGCGGCUGGCGCAUUACAACAAGCGCUCGACCAUCACCUCCAGGGAGAUCCAGACGGCCGUGCGCCUGCUGCUGCCCGGGGAGCUGGCCAAGCACGCCGUGUCCGAGGGCACCAAGGCCGUCACCAAGUACACCAGCUCCAAGUAAACAGAUAUAGGAGAAUCAGAAUAAAAAGCAGAAUUUGUGGGAAAAGGAGAGGAAUUGGGACAGAAGAUGACUCAUGAGCAUAUUGUCCAGCCACAGGUGAAAAUUUGUAAAGACUAAAUUUUUGAAAAUUAAUGCAGAGUUAAGUUAAAAAGGUCCUGGCUAAUUCUCCUAUUACUCAGAACAUUAAACUGCCUAAAAGGCAAAUAAAUCAAACCUUUUGGGUUUUUUGCACCUUGACCGAGUCCUUUUAAGAAUAAGGGCAAGAGUUUAAUCCUUUGCUUGAAAAACUAAAUGCUGUUAAUUCAUCCCAUUGCUAAUCAGCUCCAGAAUUGGUUGAAAACUAAAUUAUUGCAGUAUGGCAUUUUUAAAAAAUGUAUAAUGUAAAUAUGUAUUUGUUGCUCAAAAUUCUUGUAACUAAUUGGCAGAUUUUCCCCAGAGAUCGCAAACCAGAAAGAUGUCUGGAGCAUAGUCUUACAUGAAAUAGAAUCAGCUGUUCUUAAGGGACUUCUUUUACAAGCUAUAUAAGAUGAUUAUAUUUCCUUUUUCUACUGUGCACAUAUUUCUUUUAAAGCUGAACUACAAUGGCUAUUGAAAUCAAGGUACCCCGUCCUCUGGGCAGAUAGAGAUAUACCCAUAAAGUCUGUUGAAAAGUUAGUGGUUCUAUAUUUUGAUAUCAUGUGGAUAUUUAUUCUUCAGUUAAAGCAUUUAUAUUCGAUAUGUUAAAGUUAGUUACAUUAUAAAUUUUCCUUAAUUUUAUUUUUCAUAUUUGAGGAUACAUAGAAAACAUUCAACUGCAAAUAACAAUAUAUUUACAAACUACCUAUUGAUUUGAAUGACUUAUUUUAAGCUUUUAUUUUGGCAUGUCAUUUUUCCUGAUAUUGUCCCCAAAUUUUGGAUAUGGAAUCUUGUUUAGAGUCUGCAUUGGAUAAAGGCAUUAUUUACAUUCUGCACAUGAAAGUGGAGUAGAAUUUUUGAAUUUUAAUUCAAAAAAAUCUGUGGAUUUCUGCAGAGCUUGUUUAACUUAUUAUUAUUUUUCUCAGUCUUUACAAAUGUAUUUGUACUCAUGUACUAUGGCAACUGCACUACAUUUGACAUUGGGAAACAAGAUGAACAUACCUAUGUUUCCCACAGUUACUUGUAUAUUAUCAGAUCUAUAAAACUAUGAAGUACAUAUAAGCACUUGGUCAUUAUUUGGAAGUGAUAUACAAGAACCAGCCUGAAUAAGUACUGAAGGAAGAAAAUAAUUACCUAGAGCAAAUGAGUGGCUCACACUCCAAUUAUUUCUAAUUCUGAAGCAUAGUUAUACUCUUAAUUUAAUAGCAUGAGGACUUUUCUAUAAAUCAUUGAUUGAGAAAGAUGAUCUAGGUUUGAAACGUGGCUAAAGCAUUGGCAAAUAACUUUUUCUGGUUUGUUUUUUUCUUAAUUUUAAAAAGGGGGAUGGAAUAGUGUCUCUCAUGGGUUAAUACUUUUACUACGCUUAAAACAGUGUUGUGAUGGUUAAUUCUAGGUGUUGACUUGAUUAAAUUAAGGACUUCCUAGAAAUCUGGUAAAGCAAUCUUUUUGUGUAUGUCUAUGAGGGUGUUGCCAGAAGAGAUUAGCAUGUGGGCCUGAGUGGACGGGGUGGAAAAA